AUCUCUGCAAGCAGCGUGUGCGGCGGGUUUUAUUCAUGGAAGUCACAUUCAUGAGAUGUCAACCUGAAUUGUUGAAAACGUUUCAUUCACGACGACUGUCAUUUUUAAACAUGACAGAGGAAUUGUCAGGUGUAACUAUUGUGAUAUUCAUAGCAGCGGGUGCAUUAACUAUUGUUCUGUUGUUUAUUUUUGCGAAAAGGCAGAUUAUGAGAUUUGCCUUGAGAUCGCGACGAGGACCUCACGUUCCUAUUGGUCACGAUGCUAAAAAAUCAUUAAAGAAAGAAAUUGAGAGAAGAAUAGAAGUGAUACCACGAGUACAAUAUGAACCGCAAUUAAUAAGUGAUCCAAGAUAUAUUGUGGAACCUGGCGGACAAGUUCCAUCACAUUAUUAUAGAUUGAAGGCUAUCGAUGAUGUUAAAACUUUAGAAGCAGAAAUAACCCGUUAUGAUAAUUGUAUGAAACGACAUCCAUCUGAAAAUUUAAGAGCAUAUUUGUUAACAACCCUGGCUGCACCUCUUAAUGGUAGUGGGCAACGUCUGAUACACCAAUUUUGUGACUUGUAUGAACACGCUCGACACGAUCCAACAGAGUUUGGUGAAGAGGAAUAUCAAGUUUAUUCUAGAUUACUCUUGAAGCUAAGUGAUGCAGCAAGACUUCUGAAGUCUUAUCCAAGUAGUAGGAAAUCUAGCCCAAGUCGGACACCUAUAAAGAAAAACGUAGAAACCAAAAGGAAUAUUUUAGAACCCAGAAUGCGACCACCUGACGAUCAGAUUCUUUGUGGUUCACGGCCAAACACGUUGACAGUAAUUUCUUUAGAUAAUAGCGAAACAUCAGUGUAGCAGUGUGCUUGUGGUCACAUACAACAUAUGUGACUAAUUCAUAAUUCAGAUUCUUACUCUAUUGACCACUCAAAGUGUACAUGUUUUUCAUUACCAGAGGAAAAAGUGACUGCAUAUGAGUAUCCAAUUUAAGUAAAAUGGAAAAGACUUUUACCCAUCUAACAAAUAGAUGUAAAAAUGUAUACGUACACGUAUCUUUUGUGUAUAACUGCCACGUGUAAAUAUUUUAAUUGUCACAGUAAUUUAUCUGCUUUUAUAUUAAUUCAGAGCAAGUCAGACAUUUACAUGACUUGGACAAAAGAAAAUGUAUAAUAUGAAUAGAUUUCAUUUUUUAUAACUGGUAUUAUAUAAAUAGUUUUCUAGGUACUUUCGAUAAGUCCAGUAAUUAAUAAUUUUUGUAACAACUAAGCAUUAAAUAUUUUUCUGGCAUUUUCUUUAAAAAGAUCUUUAUCACAUAUAAAGAAUUUUGUUCAUUGACUUUCAUAACAAAUGUAUUAAACAUAGUUCAAUUUAUAGGGAUAGAAAAUAUUUUAGAGGACUUGAAAUAUAUUUCACAAUAUUGAAA